CCGGUUGCAGGGCAAAGCUGCCAUGCGUUCCGGUAGCCGUGGUCGGCCCCGGCCACGGCUCGGGGAACGCGGCCUCUUGGAUCCCCCCGUAUUGCCUAAGCGCCGGCUGAUACCGCGAGCGCAGCUGUUUCCCCUGCUGCUGCUGGCGCUGGCCGUGGGCUCCGCUUUCUACACCAUCUGGAACGGCUGGCAUCGCGGUACUCAGGAGCUGUCUCUCGGCCGGGAGCUGCGGGCCCCUGUGAUUGGAAGUCUCUCUGAAGCCCGGCUGCGGAGGGUGGUCGGGCAACUGGACCCGCAGCGUCUCUGGAACACGUAUUUGCGCCCCCUGCUCGUGGUGCGGACGCCGGGCAGUCCUGGUAAUAUACAAGUCCGAAAGUUCCUGGAGGCCACGCUGCGGACACUCUCAGCUGGCUGGCAUGUGGAGCUGGACCCAUUCACGGCCUCGACGCCCCUGGGGCUGAUGGACUUUGGCAAUGUUGUGGCCACACUGGACCCAGGGGCUGCUCGCCACCUCACCUUCGCCUGCCACUACGACUCGAAGCUCUUCCCACCUGAUUCAGCUCCCUUUGUGGGGGCUACGGAUUCGGCAGUGCCCUGUGCCCUGCUGCUGGAGCUGGCCCAGGCCCUCGACUUGGAGCUGAGCAGGGCCAAGGAGCAGGCAGCCCCGGUGACCUUGCAGCUGCUCUUCCUGGACGGCGAAGAGGCCCUGAAGGAAUGGGGACCCAAGGACUCCCUUUAUGGCUCCCGGCACCUGGCGCAGCUCAUGGAAUCUGCCCCCCACAGUCCUGGCCCCACCAGGAUCCAGGCUAUUGAGCUCUUUGUGCUGCUCGAUCUCCUGGGAGCCCCCCACCCGACCUUCUACAACCACUUCCCCCGCACAGCCCGCUGGUUCCAUCGGCUACGGAACGUUGAGAAGCGCCUGCACCGCCUGAACCUGUUGCAGUCUCAUCCCCAGGAAGUGAUGUACUUCCAGCCCGGGGAGGCCCCCGGCUCCGUGGAGGAUGACCACGUGCCCUUCCUCCGCCGAGGUGUCCCCGUGCUCCACCUCAUCUCCACACCCUUCCCUGCCGUGUGGCACACGCCUGCCGACUCUGAGGCCAACCUCCACCCGCCCACGGUCCACAACCUGAGCCGGAUCCUCGCUGUCUUCCUGGCUGAAUACCUGGGACUCUGA